UCCCCAGCACCAACAUACACUGACUACUACAGGCUGAGCAGCCAGACCCAGAGUCACUGACUGUGGGCCUACCUUGUCCUGGCUGGCCUGGUCAGCCUCUGGAGUAUGGUCUGGCUGGGACUCCCUUUGCUGCUUCCCAUCAUCUUCCUGGCUUCUCAUGCUGGCGCAGCGGUGGACCUGACGCUGCUGGCCGACCUGCGCCGCACGGAGCCGCAGAGGUUCUUCCUGACCUGCGUGUCUGGCGAGGCGAGCACCGGCAGGGGCGCAGACGCCUGGGGCACCGCCCUGCUGCUGGAGAAGGACGACCGCAUCGUGCGCACGCCCCGGCCCUGGCUGCCCCCGCAGCUGACCCGUAACGGCUCGCAGCGCAUUACGCUGAGCGGAUUCUCGAAGCCCUCGGACCUGGUGGGUGUCUUCUCCUGCGUGGGCGGCGCAGGGGCGCGGCGCACGCGCGUUCUCUACGUGCACAACAGCCCUGGAGCCCACCUUAUCCCGGACAAGGUUACACACACAGUGAACAAAGGCAACACGGCUGUGCUUUCCGCACGUGUGCGCAAGGAGAAGCAGACAGAUGUGAUCUGGAAGAGCAACGGAUCCUACUUCUAUACCCUGGACUGGCAUGAAGCCCAAGAUGGGCGGUUCCUGCUGCAGCUCCCAAACGUGCAACCAUCAUCGAGUGGCAUCUACAGUGCCACCUACCUGGAAACCAGCCCCCUGGGCAGUGCCUUCUUUCGGCUCAUCGUGCGGGGCUGUGGGGCAGGACGCUGGGGACCAAGCUGUACCAAGGAAUGCCCAGGCUGCCUGCAUGGAGGUGUCUGCCAUGACCAGGAUGGCGAGUGUGUAUGCCCCCCUGGAUUCACUGGUACCCGUUGCGAGCAGGCCUGCAGAGAGGGCCGUUUUGGGCAGAGCUGCCAGGAACAGUGCCCAGGCACGUCAGGCUGCUGGGGCCUCACCUUCUGCCUCCCAGAUCCCUAUGGUUGUUCUUGUGGGUCUGGCUGGAGAGGAAGCCAGUGCCAAGAAGCCUGUGCCCCUGGUCAUUUUGGGGCUGAUUGCCGCCUCCAGUGCCAGUGUCAGAAUGGUGGCACUUGUGACCGCUUCAGUGGCUGUGUCUGCCCCUCUGGGUGGCAUGGAGUGCACUGUGAGAAGUCAGACCGGAUCCCCCAGAUCCUGGACGUAGCCUCAGAACUGGAGUUCAACUUGGAGACAAUGCCCCGGAUCAACUGUGCAGCCGCAGGGAACCCCUUCCCAGUGCGGGGAAGCAUGGAGCUCCGCAAGCCAGACGGCACAGUCCUGCUGUCCACCAAGGCCAUUGUGGAGCCAGAUAGGACUACAGCCGAGUUCGAGGUGCCACGCUUGACUCUUGGGGACAGUGGGCUCUGGGAAUGCCGCGUGUCUACGUCUGGUGGUCAAGACAGCCGGCGCUUCAGGGUCAAUGUCAAAGUGCCCCCGGUGCCCCUGACUGCUCCUAGGCUCCUGGCCAAGCAGAGUCGCCAGCUUGUGGUGUCCCCACUGGUCUCCUUCUCUGGAGACGGACCCAUUGCCUCUGUCCGCCUGCACUACCGGCCCCAGGACAGCCCCAGGACCAUGGCCUGGUCCGCCAUCGUGGUGGACCCAAGUGAGAAUGUGACAUUAAUGAACCUGAGGCCGAAGACAGGAUACAGUGUCCGUGUACAGCUGAGCCGGCCAGGGGAAGGAGGGGAGGGGGCCUGGGGACCUCCCACCCUCAUGACUACAGACUGUCCUGAGCCCUUGUUGCAGCCGUGGCUGGAGGGCUGGCAUGUGGAGGGUCCUGACCGGUUGCGAGUGAGCUGGUCCUUACCCUCGGUGCCUGGGCCACUGGUGGGCGAUGGUUUCCUGCUGCGCCUGUGGGACGGGACACGGGGACAGGAGCGGCGGGAGAACGUCUCAUCCCCCCAGGCCCGUACCACCCUCCUGACCGGACUCACACCUGGCACCCACUACCAGCUGGAUGUGCGCCUCUACCACUGCACCCUCCUGGGCCCUGCCUCACCCCCUGCACGGGUGCUUCUGCCCCCCAGUGGGCCCCCUGCCCCCCGAUACCUCCAUGCCCAGGCCCUCUCAGACUCUGAGAUCCAGCUGACAUGGCAGCGCCCAGAGGCUCCAGCUGGGCCUAUAUCCAAGUACAUUGUGGAGGUGCAGGUGGCUGGGGGCUCAGGAGACCCACUGUGGAUGGACGUGGACAGGCCUGAGGAGACAAGCACCAUUGUCCGCAGCCUCAAUGCCAGCACACGCUACCUCUUCCGUGUGCGGGCCAGUGUCCAGGGUCCUGGUGACUGGAGCAACAUGGUAGAAGAGUCCACCCUGGGCAACGGGCUACAGAGUGAGGGCCCAGUCCAAGAGAUCCGGGCCGCAGAAGAGGGCCUAGAUCAACAGCUGAUCCUGGCUGUGGUGGGCUCCGUGUCUGCCACCUGCCUCACCAUCCUGGCCGCCCUCUUAACUCUGGUGUGCAUCCGCAGAAGUUGUCUGCACCGCAGACGUACCUUCACCUACCAGUCAGGAUCGGGCGAGGAGACCAUCCUGCAGUUCAGCUCAGGCACCCUAACACUGACCCGGCGACCAAAACCACAGCCCGAGCCCCUGAAUUACCCGGUGCUGGAGUGGGAGGACAUCACCUUUGAGGACCUCAUCGGGGAGGGGAACUUCGGCCAGGUCAUCCGGGCCAUGAUCAAGAAGGACGGGCUCAAGAUGAAUGCAGCCAUCAAGAUGCUGAAAGAGUAUGCUUCUGAAAAUGACCAUCGUGACUUUGCUGGAGAACUGGAAGUUCUGUGCAAAUUGGGGCAUCACCCCAAUAUCAUCAACCUCUUGGGAGCCUGUGAGAACCGAGGUUACUUGUAUAUCGCUAUUGAAUACGCCCCCUAUGGAAACCUGCUAGAUUUUCUGCGAAAGAGCCGGGUCCUGGAAACAGACCCUGCUUUUGCCCGAGAACAUGGAACGGCCUCCACCCUCAGCUCCCGGCAGCUGCUGCGUUUUGCCAGUGAUGCUGCCAAUGGCAUGCAGUACCUGAGUGAGAAGCAGUUCAUCCACAGGGACCUGGCUGCCCGAAAUGUGCUGGUCGGAGAGAAUCUGGCCUCCAAGAUUGCUGACUUCGGUCUUUCUCGGGGGGAGGAGGUUUAUGUGAAGAAGACGAUGGGGCGUCUCCCUGUGCGCUGGAUGGCCAUUGAGUCUUUGAACUACAGCGUCUAUACCACUAAGAGUGAUGUCUGGUCCUUUGGGGUCCUCCUCUGGGAGAUCGUGAGCCUUGGUGAGUCCCAAAUCCCUCUGCCUCCGGGUACCCCUACCUUACCUCCUCUGGGGCCCGGGGCUAAGAGAGUUUUGUCCCCUCCUGCAGGGGGCACACCCUACUGCGGCAUGACCUGUGCUGAGCUCUAUGAGAAGCUGCCUCAGGGCUACCGCAUGGAGCAGCCUCGAAACUGUGACAAUGAAGUGUACGAGCUAAUGCGUCAGUGCUGGCGGGACCGCCCGAACGAGCGACCUCCCUUCGCCCAGAUCGCCGUGCAGCUGGGCCGAAUGCUGGAAGCCAGGAAGGCCUACGUGAACAUGUCGCUGUUUGAGAACUUCACUUACGCGGGCAUCGACGCCACAGCUGAGGAGGCCUGAGCUGCCAUCCAGCCAGAACCUGGCUCUGCUGGCCAGAGCAAACUGCUCUCCAACCUGUGACUUCUGAUCCUUGUAGCUUCUGACCUGAGCUGCCUCAAGGAAUUUUUUUUUAACUUAAGGAAGAAAAGAGGGGAUCCAGGAAUGGGGUGGGUUUAGGGGAAUUGCGCCCUCAUCCUUUGCAGUUAUUCCUAUGCCUCUUGCAGUUACUUUUACAACUACCUUUACAUCUUUCCUUCUAGUUCAGCUGCUCCACAUAUGUGUUCCUCUUCUACUCCCUAUGUGCAAACCCCUGCUUCUGCUUCUCCACCUGAGCCAGCACUCAUACCAGUAACAAGCCCUGUUCAGCUACUCUGCACUCCCAGCCUCAUAAUCAGAAAAAAAUAAAUGCUCUGAGAAGCUCCAUCCAAUGUCUACCUUUUACUGUUGCUCAAUCUCAGGGAAAAGUUAAACCAAAAACAGAGAAACUGGACUUUCUAAGAAAAGAAAUGCCAUCCCUAGUUACUGUUGUAGGCCCAAUCCCUCUGUUGGGGUGCCUCUCCACGUGAGAGAUGUUCUGGAAGACUCAUUUUAUAUCUACACCACCCCCACAUCUCUAUCAUAACAAAAAGUUCAAAUUUCCCCCGGUCCCUUCCCUACUCUCCAGCCCCAUCACCAACGUGUCUCCCUAUGUCUCUAGGUAGCUGCCAGUCUAGCAUUCAAAUAGUCCAUGCCAGGAUUAGCUGUAGCCCAGCCUCAGCUCAAACGGAUACCUCAUCACCAGCCAGAUCUAACCUGUCUUAAGCUCUCUCUUUUCCUUAUGUCUCUAGAUGGCCUUUCCUGGCUUAUAUAGCCACCUUACUGCCCAGCUUAUGGGCCCCAAAAGAGGAAGGCAGAGGUCACUCCCGUCUUCAGACAACCACGGUAGGAUUUCUUUGCCUUCCUCAGGGUCUCCUGGUGUGCUGGGAGGUGCUCCCUGUCCUGAAAGCUAGUCCCAUGUCCUACCACAUGCCAUAUGGUCUUCAGGUUUGCCUAUGUUUGGGGUUUGUCACUGCUGACCUCUGAUUUCUCUCCCACUGGUCCUUAGGAAACAUUUGUCUUGCUUCACACAUUUUUUUUUUCAGUGAAUCAGAUGAAAUCAAAGAAUAUAUAACAUGACAUAGCAUUGAAGUUAAGAGCACACAUUCUGGAUCACACAAACCCUUGUCCAAGUCCCUGUUAUAUCACUUACUAUCUGGGUGACCUUGGUCAAGUCACUUAACCUCCCUGAAAAAUGGGGUUAGUAAUAGCUACUUUACUGUUGUUAGCACUAAAUGAGAUCACACAAGCACAUUUUUCGCAGCACUGGGCCUGGUACAUAGAAAAUACUUAAUAAGUGUCAGCAGAUGUCACAUACAAAUGCAGGAAAUUGGGUGGGGGUGGUUAUCAGAAUCUGUAUUCCAAAAAGAUUUGAAUGGUUGGCAUGUGGGCUGAAUUUAAGGGAAAAAAAUAACUGGAGUAAAUAGGAGGCUAUGCCGGAUGAGGGAGACAGGAUUUGCUAAAAUGAAAUUUCAGAUCCACUACAAGGAUAUUGCCAGGUCCAAGAUAUGUGGAUUAAAAAGUUGUCCCUGAUGGGGACUAAUAUAUACACAAAGAAGCCCCUGAGGGGUGACAGACAUGUAAAUAAACAAUAAAAUAGAACUGUAUGCUAGAAAAGGGAGGGGACCUGGGUAACAUAUAGAAAGGAAAUGGAGUCAGGAAAGCUUUUCCAGAGAAAGUUACAUUUUAAUCUGGGUCAUGAAAAAGAAGUGGGGGCUCACCAGAGGAAAAGCUCCUGGCAGAGAAAACGGCACCUGUGACAUGUGGUAUGUUUAAGAGCUGCAAAGAGUUCCAUGUGGCUGGAACAAAGGGAGAACAUAGCUCUGUGAGGGCUAGGAACCCAGAGGGGUGAGAGGGGCCAGCUUAUGCUGGACCUUAUAGUCAGCAUUAAGGAUAUGGAUCUUUAUCCUGAGGGCAGAGAGCAGUCAUGGACGAACUGGGGUGUGUCAUACGCAGAUUUGCAUUUUUUAAAAAAACCACUCUGGCUACUGUGUGGAGAAUGGAUAAUAGAGGAGCAAGAGUGAAGGUAAGGAGUGUGCCCAUAAAUUAGAUACCUUAGAUUAAAUGGACACAUUCCUAGAAAGAAAGGAACUACAAAACUGACUAAAGAAAAAGUAGGCAAUCUGAAUAGACUUACAAUAAGUAAAGAGAUUAAAUUAGUAAU